AGGACAAGUAUAUAGACGAGAAUGUGGAAAAAGUUCAAAGACUCGAUGCAUUUUACUCAAAAAUACUAGAUUUUUAUUUGUUGACGCAGAAGUACAGUACAGUAUGUUAGAACAUGUAGACAUAUGAUCUAUAUAAUUUUGUUUCCACGUCUCUCUAGUGUCACACCCACCUGCCAGUCACUACAAAUGUCGUCUCCCUCUCCGCCUCUUCUCUGUCGUUGCAGCAGCUCCUUUAGCUGGCACUGGCAGCUAGCUACUCAAACAAGCGUUCCGUGCGCAGCUCGAAAUUGCCAUCGAUCGAUUUGCAAUGCCGGACCGGGCGGAAUCAAGCCCGGCGUCAUCGAGGGAGGCUUCAUCCUCACCGCCGCUGUCAGCAACUGAGACGGCUGCCAGGCGCAGCGCAUCGGGAUGCGGGAAGCGAGCCCGUGCCCGUGACGGCGAGAAGCACCCGUCGUACCGCGGCGUUCGGAUGCGGGCGUGGGGGAAGUGGGUGUCGGAGAUCCGGGAGCCGCGCAAGAAGUCGCGCAUCUGGCUGGGCACGUUCCCGACCCCCGAGAUGGCAGCGCGCGCGCACGACGCCGCGGCGCUAGUGGUCAAGGGCCCUGCCGCCGUCCUGAACUUCCCGGAGAUGGCCGCGGCGCUCCCUCGCCCGGCCACCGCCGCGCCCCGUGACGUCCAGGCUGCCGCAGUCCGCGCCGCUGCCAUGGAGCCAUCUAUGAUGCUUGGCCCCACUGCCCCAUUGCCCAGAUCGGCGCUUGCCCCGGUGAAGGGGCAGGUGCAUGACGACGAGCUCGAGGCGAUCGUCGAGCUCCCGCCGCUCGACGAGGACUUCUCCGAGCUGCUCGUCCCGCUCGGCACCGCGUCUUUCUCGUUCCACGACGCUACGCAAGCGUCUUGGCGCGACCCGGAGUGGAUCGACCACGACGCUGGCUAUAUGGCGGCGGCGCGCGAUGCCGACGAGCUGUUCGGAUUCGGGCCGGACGGCGAUCACGGAUGGGCGCAGCCGUUUGGUAGUACCUUCCUAUGGAACAUGUAAUUUUGGUUCUGGUCGGUCUGUUGAUCAGUAAGUGUAAUUAACUCCUGUCGAUAUCUUUACCUUUGAAAUUUUUCUUCUUUGUGCUUUCUCUGCUGCUGCUGCUGAAUGAUCUGUACAUAAACUGGACGUACUAUGACUUGAAGAAAAAAGUUUCAACUUCACUAUUACUGGAAAAACAUGUUGCAACUU